GGACGUAUUUGUUGCUACAACCACCGUGAGUUCUCUCGGAUACACCGUUAGAUCUUGAUCGAACGCAUGGAGGCGAACGAUGUCGUGGAGGAUGGAAAGGGUGAUUUAGUCGAUUCGGACUUGUUUGGGCUUAAUGAUGGAAAGUCUCUCUCUCCUUUCCUCGCCACUACCAAACCCUAGUUUUUGUGGGAUGUGUUUGGUGUUGAUCUACUGUUGAUAGUAAUAGGAAUAGGUGAAGGUGAAUAGAGGAGCGGCAAUGGUGUGGGAAGGAGAUCGGGGAGCUUCGGGGGGUGCGGAGGAUGAUCUGCCCAUCUUUAACGCUGAAAACCUCCAGAGCAACGUUAAGUCCAUCUAUUACAGUCGAACCUUCUUAUCUAUCAUUGGUGGAGUGAUUGCUGGAAUAUGGGGAUUUACGGGCUUCACAGGCUUCAUCUUUUAUUUCUUAGUGAUGGCAGCUGCUUCUUUCGGUCUUGCAACUCAAGCAAAAUUUUCUGUCUGUACAUACUUCGAUUCUUGGAACAGGAUUUUUCUUGAUGGGAUUUUUGGUGGCCUCAUGUCUUUCGUGCUGUUCUGGACAUUUGCUUAUGACAUCGUUCAUAUUUUUUGAAGAAGAUGACAUGCUGGUGACAACAAGACGGUGCUUUGGAGCAUUCAAGGAUGUGCCAAAGGCCAAUUACUUGAAAGCUAGCUUCACCAUUCUCAGCUUCUUGUGAGGUGCAAACAUUUGUAUUAUUUGGUAUUUGAUACAUAUUUGGUUUUUUGGGUUACCUAAUGCUCAAUUUACGGACGACCAAAAUCCUUGUUGCUCUGUAUUUGGUGAAUCAAAUCAUUGAUUCUGCUGCCUGCCUGUUUAAUUUAAUGGACUUGGUUUUUGAUUC